AUGGAAAAAGUCAUAAAUUAUUCGAAUAAACAUUCGGAGGAAGGUGUUACGGAAGUUCAGUUAAAGAAUUUUGAUCAGAACUUCCUGAAGAUGAGCCACUCAGAAUUAUUUGAUGUUCACUUGGCUGCUAGAUAUCUUGAUGAUAAGCAAUUGGAGGAGUUAAUAAUCCAACAAUCUUUCGAUAGAAUCACAGGGAAAACACUAGAGGUAAUACGUGAUGUAUUUGGUAUCGUGAAUGACUAUACACCAAAGGAACAGGAGCAGGUCCAUAGAUAG